AGAGCCAAUUUCGUAAACAUACUAAUGCCUCUACAGUAUUUGGAUCUAAGUUAGUACGAUUAUUAUCUACAAUUUUGUUAGCUAAACUAAAAAUAUAUUUUGAAGACACACUUGUAGCUGGUAUAGCUAAAAAAUCUCGUGCUAUUUUGGAUAAAUUUGGAAACCAAUUACAAUUUAAUUUCUACCAAUUAAGUGCUUUUGUAUCCUUUGAAGUUGUUGGUUCAUUUAAAUACUGUUGA